UGGUGCUGGAAGAGAGAAGGAAAAGAUACUCUGGAGAGACAGGAUGUCCCUACAAUCCAUUUAUCAGUCUAUCUAUCGGCUCUCUGCAUGUUAAUUCCUUUGUUUUGGGCAGUUUUGUUUUUCAAUCGGGACCAUGUGAAGCUGUCUGGAAGAGCGGUGGAAAAUUCUCACGUUACUCUCCGAAAAUGUAAAUGCUCCCUUUCCUUUUUAAAAAAUAUGACUGAACUGGACUGAAUUUGUAUCUAGCAUUUUCUUUCUUUUCAGUCCCCCCACCCCCUGGAUUCAAGAGAGGAGAAGGAUGGAAGAGAGAAGUGGAGGAUAGAAGUAAUAGAAAUCAGAUCAAAAGCCCUGGAAAGUGAGGUGUUGAAGAAUGACAGGACUUAAAUGGGACCCCUUGUGCACAGAAGUGACGUCUGACAUUGGGGAUACAAACAUUGCCUAUUCUUUCAUGUGUUUGGAUACCCAGCUCAGCUGACAUCAAACCAGUCAUUCAGACUUUUUUUUGUUCAACAUCUAGUAACUUUCUCUUCUAAUCAGCAUGCCUCUUAAAACCUUUAAAAUACAUCUGCAGCAAUAGGUGGAACGAUGCAGAUUGCAACAGCUGCAUGGAUGCGCUGUUGUAGCUUGGGAAACGCUGGGAAUGCCAUUAAAUUGGGCAGAAGUGGGCCACGCAGAAGGAGGCUGAUGAUGCUGAUGUGGAUUAUCCUCUCUGGCUCACUGUGCCUGAUGGUUGACGGCCAGAUGAAGAUCCCACCAGAAACUGUGCAGCAGUGGGCCGUGUCCUUCGGAAAAGAGAUUGCUGCUUUGUCGAAUAGAUACUCUGGAGCUAAACUUUUGCAGAAGAAAUAUACGGAUGUGGAGGGCGUGGUGAAGAUGGAGGAGGUGAACGGUGAAGAGCUGGUAAAGAAGUUUGCGGAGGAAAUGGAGGAGAUGCUCGGAAGGAAAAUGAAAUCAGUGAAGAAAUUAGCAGAAGCAGCAGAAGAUGCUGAUCUUGGGCACGAGUACAACGAAACACUAGAAUUUGACUACUUUAACUCCCUGUUGAUCAACACUGUGGAUGAGGAGGGCAAUCCAAUACCACUUGGUGGAGAAUUCCUCUUGGAGAAAAAUGAACAUUUCAAUAAACUUCCAGUUAACACACAGCAGAGUAACAUCCAAGUUCCUACAAAUGUUUACAAUCGAGAUCCUGAUAUUCUAAAUGGGGUCUACAUGUCUGAGGCUCUGAAUGAUAUUUUUAUUGAUAAUUUCCAGAAGGAUCCAACUCUCACCUGGCAAUAUUUUGGCAGUGCCACAGGCUUCUUCAGGCUCUACCCAGGAAUCCAGUGGAUUCCAGAUGAAAAUGGCGUGGUCACCUUUGACUGCAGAAACAGAAACUGGUACAUACAGGCCGCCACUUCUCCCAAAGACGUGAUAAUCGUGGUGGAUGUGAGUGGCAGCAUGAAGGGGCUGAGACUGACGAUAGCCAAGCACACAAUUAACACCAUCCUAGACACUCUGGGAGAAAAUGACUUUGUAAAUAUUAUAGCUUACAGUGACUAUGUUCGCUACGUGGAACCCUGUUUCAAGGGCAUGCUGGUACAAGCUGAUCUGGAUAACCGAGAGCACUUCAAGCUUUUGGUGGAUGAGCUUCAAGUCAAAGGAGAGGGCAAAGUAAAAAAAGCAAUGAAGGAGUCUUUCAAGGUUCUUAACGAGGCUGCUGCACUGGGGCAGGGCAGUCUGUGCAACCAGGUCAUCAUGCUGAUAACAGACGGCGCCAUGGAGGACUUCAAGGAUGUUUUUGAAGAGUUUAACUUUCCAGAACGUCGGGUUCGAGUGUUCACGUAUCUCAUUGGGCGCGAGAUGACUUUUGCUGAAAAUGUUAAAUGGAUCGCCUGCAACAACAAGGGUUAUUACACACACGUGUCCACACUGGCUGAUGUUCAGGAAAAUGUCAUGGAAUAUCUCCAUGUUCUCAGUCGACCAAUGGUUAUCAACCAUGACCACGACAUCAUCUGGACAGAGGCCUACAUGGAUAGUGUGCUGUUUAACACUCAGGCACAGAGUUUGCUCCUGAUGACCUCAGUUGCCAUGCCUGUUUUCAGUAAGAAGGAAGAAACUCUGUCUCAUGGGAUUUUGCUGGGUGUGGUAGGAACAGAUGUGGCCUUAAGAGAAUUGAUGAAAUUAGCUCCAAGAUACAAGCUGGGUAUCCAUGGUUACGCCUUCCUCAUCACCAAUAAUGGUUACAUCCUGUCUCAUCCAGAACUACGGCCUCUGUAUAAGGAGGGAAAGAAACUGAAGCCUAAACCAAACUACAACAGUGUUGAUCUGUCAGAGGUUGAAUGGGAGGAUACUGAGCAGAAACUGAGGACAGCCAUGGUCAAAGGAGAAACCGGCACAAUGUCUUUAGAUGUGAGGUCUUCAGUGGACAAAGGAAGGAGAGUGAUCUUUUUGAAGAAUGAUUAUUCUUACACCGUCAUAAAUGAGACACCAUUCAGUCUUGGUAUAGUCUUGAGUAGAGGGUUUGGAGAGUACAUCUUCACAGGAAAUGUCUCACUGGAUGAAGGUCUUCAUGACUUAAUCACUCCAGAUCUGACCUUAGCCAAUGAGUGGACCUAUUGUGAGAUAGAUAUCGACCCAUCACAUCGCAAACUGACCCAGCUGCAGGCUGUCAUAAAAUAUCUCACUGGGAAAGAAAAAGAUCUGCGCUGUGAUAGACAGUUGUUGCAACAGACUCUAUUUGAUGCUGUUGUUACAGCACCUAUGGAAGCGUACUGGACCGCUCUCAUGCUUAACACAUCUAGUAUGGACGAUGGUGUUGAGACUGCUUUCUUGGGGACUCGUUCAGGCUUGCAGAGGUUCCUGAGGUACACGGGUGUUGAAAAAAGAGUUGGCAAGUCUUUCCUGACCUCCACAGAUAAAGAGAACAUGUUCACUCUGGACCAUUUCCCUGUGUGGUACCGCAGAGCAGCAGAGUAUCCAGUUGGACAGUUUCUGUACUACAUGCCCAGACAGGACACAAGAGAUCUAUUCAGGGAUUAUGAGGCUGCCUAUAGUGCCACCUUCAGUUCAGAAGAGGUGCAACACCGUGUGGAGGAGCAGGCAGGAAGAAUUGUGAUUAGCUCCACUGCUGUGACUGUGACGGUGGGCAAGAAAACAGCCAUCGCUGGAGCUGUUGGGGUUCAGAUGACUCUGGAGGUGCUUGAAUCCAAAUUUAGGACCAUCGCUGCACAGCCGAAUGACACAGACUGCUCCUCCAUAGAGGGGGUUUGUCCUCUUCGCUGUGACAGCUUUGACAUUGAGUGCUACGUGAUUGACAAUAAUGGCUUUGUCCUAAUUUCUAAAUGGCGCAGUGAUGCAGGAAGGUUCUUUGGUGAAACCGACGGAUCGGUGAUGACCACAUUGAUCCAAAUGGGCAUGUUUAAGAGGGUCUCGUUGUUUGACUACCAGGCCAUGUGUAAGACCAACCCUCACUCUGUCAGCAGUGCUCGCCCACUUCUCAGCUCAUUCUAUGCUUUGGCUUCAACCUUCAAGUGGUUCCUUUCUAAUGUGCUACUGUUUCUACUGGAGUUCAAUUUCUGUAGCUUCUGGCACUCAGAGCAUUUUGCUGACGCUUAUGUUCCCAAGAAAAAAUGGAACAUCUUGCAGCCAUGUGACACCGAGUACCCAAGCUUCAUUUACGAGCCGUCAGUCAAGGAGACCAACAGCAUUAUUAAGUGCGGACGGUGCCAGAAAAUGUUUGUAGUUCAACAAAUACCUGAAAGCAACCUGCUGAUGUUGGUGGUACAAGGAGACUGUGACUGCUCCAGACAGUACCCACCCAUCACCUUGGAGCCCAAAGAAGUCAAAUAUAACGCAUCAGUUAAGUGCGACAGGAUGAGGUCCCAGAAGAUCCGGAGACGUCCUGAGUCCUGCCACUCCUAUCACCCACAGGAGAAUGCUAAUGACUGUGGCGGCGCAUCUUUUCUACGUCUCUCAGGCCCUCUCCUUCUCCUCUGCCUCUCCCGCGCUGCGCUUGUUUCCUGAUGCCAGAAAACGUUCCUCUUUUUUACAAACACGACUCUAAAAGAACAAGACAGGUUUGCACACAAAUCACCUCAAGUGGACUUCUUUGGAAGCAGACUCUACGUGUUCAUCUGGAAACUGCAAACCGUGUGGACAUUUUACACGAAUUGUGAACACAUGGCGUUAAAAACUAAAGCCUCCAAAUGUAACCCUGUAGCGCUGGAAAAAUAAUGUGUUUGAUGUUCAGGAGAAACUAACUUAAGUAGGGAAACUCUAUUUGGGAUCAGAACAAAUAAUAGAUAUUAAUGUAUCAUAAAGGUUAAUAUGCAAAUUAGCGAUAUUAGGUGUAGAUGGGUUGUUAAACACUUUUCCAGUCUCAAAUAUGUAGUUUACUUAUUGAUGCUGCUAUGGCUAAACAGGCCUUUAAAAUUGAAGUGCUACAGAGGUCUUUGUGCAAUUCAUUCUGAUCUAAUAAAUUAUUUCAAAUACAGCUUAAUAGUAUAAAAUCACAACCAAAGAUCAUUCACACUCCCUCCACAAGAAGGCAGCAAAGUGCGUCAAAUACGCAUGGGUAAUCUUGAGACCAGAAGCAGUUUGAAGUAAAUUUAGGUUCAUUGUUUUUAAGAGAAGUUAGAAACGCAAAAGGGGGAAAAAAAGCAAACAAAACUCAGCUGAACUUUGCAGAAAUAAAUGCUUAUUCUACAUGUUGAUGGAAGCAUGCGCAUUUCCUGUAUGUGAACACAGAUUUAGAUUCUGGCUAUAUACUGAGGAUAAAGUAUGAGCAGGCAAAUCUGUUUGCACAAUAAAGAAUAAAGAUCUGUGCUUUAAAAUGAGUCUAUCGUGUACAUAUAUGAAAACAACUUAUAUUUAACAAAGAUUUUUAAGGUAGGGGUAAAAAAAACAGAAUGACCUGCUGAAUUUUUAUCAGGAUUUCACCUUAAAACACGUCUUUCUAUUUACCUUUUACUUUUUAUGAGCUGUGCCUUUCUGCUGUAUGUAAAUAUGAAAAAAUACAUAUGCUGUAAGUUUUCCCCAGGAUGUAUCAACCUUUCCAAAUAUGUCCAAAUGUACGUCUAACCGGAAGUAAACAAAAUUGUUUUUAAGUUUCAUUUUGAUCUUUAGUGUCUGUAGGUAUAGCUGUGUUUUAAUUAAUUUUAAGAUAUCAUUUUGGUUGAACUGACAGGUCACUUUGUCCAUUUGAAACACACACUCUGGGUGGUUUUGCUUCACAGUAAUAUAUUUUUGGUAAAGAGACUUAUUGUAAUCAUUUGUCUUGUUUAUGUUUAUAAAGUCCUUUGAACAUUAAUCUGUAAGUGAAAUUGUGAGCAACACCUACCUAAGUCAUGUUUUGUACACUGUUAAGUAAAUUAAAUCCAUGUGUUUUUUCUA